AUGUUGCUCGACGAGGAUCCCGGCACUCUCAUCCACCACACCAUCGGAAACUUCAAUAUCCACCCGGAUAAACAAGCCGUCACGCGCAUCAAUGACUCGCUCUCCACGCUUCAACAGUCGCGCGACCUGCGCAUCCGAGAGGCCGAGUCCUCGCUGCGCAAACUCGGUCGCCAACUCAACUCCCUAAAUACCCAGCACGAAGAGGCCGUGGCACUGCACGACUCCAGCAAACACGCCGAAGAGAUUGUGCAACUGGACACUAAGAAAUUCCGCAUCGCCAAGGCAGCCUCCGAACUAGAGGUCGAAAGUGAGCGCUUAGAGAGCGAGCUGGAAAUGCUCAAGGAGAAGCUAGCAGACCUGGAAUCACAGGGUCUUGAGGGCGACGAAGCCACGCGCCGCGAGCGCGAGGCGGAUGACGCGACAAUACUGCGCCUCAAGAUCUUCCGUUCAUUGGGCGUCGAUAUCGAGCCCGACGAGGCGGGCAACUUCAAUCGGGCGGUUAUUCGCAACAGUCGCAAGGGCGAUGUGCACGUCGUUAACAUCGAUCCCAAGUUCUCCCGCUUCUUCUAUGCCAACUACUUCUGGUCCACGAUGCAGGGAUAAUUAUGAUUGGUACAUGACCGUUUGUCUCUGGAGUUCUUUGGUGGAUUUUUGAUUGGAGUUGUUAUACCC